UUAUAAGUACUUUUUAUAUUUUAUGUGAAUGUAAAUAAUAAUGCAUACAUUAUUAGCAGCCAUCGUUGUCGCUUCUAGCAAAUCCUUACAAUCAAUGGUAAUAGGAGCAGCUUGCGCAAGCACCCGGCGUCGCUCGACCUCGCGCUCGCCUCAUAUAUAUAAACGUUGAUACAAGAACACCACAUCAGUCAACUGUUUUCUCUCAAAUACAUCACAAACGAGCUACCAUUACAAUGAAAACUUUCGCUUGCGUUGUACUGCUCGUGGCCGCAGCUGCUGCCGCACCCGAAGGCAAACGCGACAAACGCGGAUUCCUGCACGGCGGCUUCGAUGGCGGCUACGAGCUCGGGCACGCCUCCCUCGGCUAUGACUCUUUCGGCCACAGCUCGCUGGACUUGGGUCACCACCACGGCCAUAUCGAAUCGAUUUAUGCCGCGCCCGCAGCCAGAAUUGUCUCUGUCAACAAACUUGUCGAAGUUCCCAGGGUUGUGGAAGUUAAAAAGAUAGUAUCUGUACCGAAAGUUGUAUCAGUACCGCACAUCGUGAAGGUUUCCAAAAUCGUAGAGGAGCCACACUUCGGUCACGGGAUAUCCUCCGGCUGGUGGUGAACAGGCCUCAGAACCGAAUAGACUUAAUCCAUCGCUCAAAGUUUGCCGCUGUAUGUUCAAAUCCAAAACAUGACUGAACUUAAUAUGCAAAUAUAACUAGAAAAAAAGAAUAUAUAAAAAAUAGAAUCAACACCUACAUCGCAGACUAGUAAUACGCCAUACAUCGCCAUA